AGGGCGUCAUCCACAACAAACGUCCAGCCGGCCGCUCGACGCGUGCAGUAUGCAGUUUCAUGCUGUCGCAACUCGCGUAAUCUAACACUACAUAUAUGCCAUGGAACCAAAUGAAAUAUCGAUAGGCCUAGAUAAAUAUCUGACAGAGUAAACAUGCUCCAGCGAGGUUUUGUGGUUGCAAUGGCUGCUUUCCGGUGUCCACCUGAAGUUCUUCUUCGAUCAGCUGCUAGAGGCAAUCUUACAAGUUGUAAAGCUCCUCUGCUUACAAGCAGUGCCAUCGGUCCUCACAGUGUUGCUAGUGUCCGACACACUCACAGAGCUGCAGUGUGCAAUGAGUUGGGAAAACCCCUAACCAUCAGCCAAGUACCAAGCCCAGACAGCCUGUCAGAUGGGCAGGUGCGCGUGGCCAUUCAUACCUGUGGGGUCAAUUUUGCGGACAUUCUGACAGUGGCCGGUCAGUACCAGGUCAAGCCACCUCUACCAUUUACCCCAGGUAAUGAAGUUGCUGGAGAGGUGUUAGACAUAGGAGAAGGUGUGAGUUCUUUCAAAAAGGGAGAUCGUGUGAUUGGUCUUUUAGCCGUGGGAGCUGGCUUUUCUGAAGAAUGUGUGGCUUAUGAAAAUGAGCUGUUUCAAAUUCCUGACUCCAUGGGCUAUGAGGAGGCAGCUUCUUUACCUGUGUCGUACGGCACAGCUUGGAUGGGAUUAACCCGUAGGGCUAACACACAGCCAGGUGAGACAGUCCUAGUGACAGCGGCUGCUGGGGGAGUUGGUUUGGCAUCAGUGGAGUUAGCCUCCAAGGUCCUUGGUGCUAAGGUCAUUGGUGCUGCAGGAGGCCCAGAGAAAUGCAAGCUGGUAAGCGACAAGGGUGCCUUUGCUACUAUCGACUACAAACAGGAGAAUCUGCGAGAGAAGACUAAGGAACUGACACAGGGAAAAGGAGCCAAUGUGAUCAUGGAUGCAGUAGGUGGAGAUGUCUGGAAGGAAUGCUUGAGAUGCAUUUCCUGGGAAGGUCGUCUGGUUGUCAUUGGCUUUGCCAGCGGAGACAUCCCCAAGAUUCCAGCCAACUUGUUGCUGGUCAAGAACAUCUCGGCCAUGGGUCUGUUCUGGGGCAACUAUCGCAUGCAUGACCCGCCCCGAAGCCGUCAGUCAGUGGAAGAUUGCAUCAGGUUCUUCAAGGAGGGCAAGAUCAGACCCCAUGUUUGCAAGACUUUCCCUCUGGAGAAGAUCAACGAAGCAUUCCAGUAUGUCAUGAUGAGGAAAUCCACUGGCAAAGUUGUCGUGACGAUGAGAAACUGACCGCAUCUCGAAGUUGGUGUGAUAAAACGGAGCAGGGUGGGGAGUCAUACCCCACCCUGUCUGCAUCAUGAGGUUAACAGACAAUGCAAUCCAGGAAAUGGACCUAUAUGUCUUAGAUAAGCUGAUGUUUCUCACAUUUUCAACUUGUUAGCGCACUAGGAACUGUUUCACCUCUUCAAUAUCCCCAUGUUUCAUCAUAGUUUCUACAUCAUCUCGUUCUUUGUUAUGAAGAGGAACUGCUAUUUGAUCUGCUUUAUACAGGGAUCCAAAUACGACACUUUUAGUGUCGAUCUGCGCAAUUCCGCGUUUGAAACGAGGCCGUAUGCAUCAGCUUCAAUUCUUAAUACGAUCAGACAAUUGAAAGUAAGGAGUCAAGACACAAAAUACAUAACGGUAUG